CCGGCUGAAUGAGUCCGGAGAUUAUCGGGUUUGGCGUCGUUGCCGGGAAAAGAUGAGGAUGCGUCGUGAUCUAUCGAAGUAGAUAGCUUUCAGUAGCUAAUGAUAAAGAUAUAGAUUCAAUGGGAUAAGAGGAUCUUGGAGAUCGUCGUAUGGACCGAACACGUGCUGAAAAUCGAACAGGAGGAUGACCGGUUGCUUAAGGAAACCGCCAAAGCUUUCGCAAUUGCCUGCCUAACACGAUAACCGUCGUCUUGUCAAUCCUGUCGGGGGUCCAACACCAGCAAAUACUUCAAUUUCAAUUCUCUCUGGAACAGAGACGAUCGCAGACAAAAACCCAAAUAAGUUCAAGAAACAGAGAGAGAGAGAGAGAGAGGCAGACAGACAGAAGGGAGAAGUGGAGAGAUCCCUUUGGUUUGAUCCCAAGAACCAGAGGGGUCCGUCCCUUUAAAUUAAUCGAUCCUACAGAACAUUCGAAGGAGAGGAGGGGUUCAAGAACACGUCAAGAUCCCAUCCUUGCAAGGUGUUCUGCGGGGCGUCUCUCCUUCCUAAGAGGAAUAGGGCUGGGCUGUCAAGUUCUUGCUUGCAGAUCGAGAAGUUGUCCUCAAUGCUCAUUUAAAUCUUUGUCGAUCAUCUCUCUGAAUGAGUCUUUGAAGACAUCGAAUACAUGGGCUCAACAGCGUGUGAAGAAAUCAAACUUUCUUCAGAGGAAAUUGGUGUUUGUACCCUCUCCAAGGACAAUAGCAGGGCCCAAAGCAUAAUAAGUAUAUCGUCACCUGCACUUGGCUCACUGGAUCAGGAGAUUGAUCGUCGUGAUAGUGUUGGUGGUUUGAACGGCCAGACCGAAUUUGUAAAUCAAGGUCUUCUUCUCUGGAACCAGAUUAGGCAACAGUGGGUCGGAAGUAAAAAAACCGAGAGGCAGUCAGGUCUCCGAGAACCCAGAAUAAGUUGGAAUGCUACCUAUGAGAGUCUACUUGGGACAAAUAAACCUUUCCGGAAGCCGAUUCCGCUCUUUGAAAUGGUAGACUUUCUCAUAGACAUAUGGGAAGAGGAAGGAUUAUACGAUCAGUACUGAAAGUUCGAAAUGCCGAAAAGUCAGUUUUCUGAGGCCGUGAAGAAUCAUCGUAGAUUUUGUCUCGAGUCAUGUAUACCAGAAGCACCUAGGGCAGGUGUCACCUGUGUUGCCAAGAAACCGAAAUCAUGUGUUCAAUGUACAUGUCUUCGCUAUGCUGUUCAUCUCUCGAACUGAACAAUUUGAACGGACAACAUUCGAAGUCUAAUGUGUCUCCUUUGCUUGUAGCUUCCUAGAAAAAAAGGAUGGAUUAUGUGAUUGCCGGGAAA